GGGAUUUCCAGUAAUACGGGUAGGAAAAAAAGUAUGCUGAGCUAAGGAGACGUUGGCACAGAGGGAAGAUUAGGGUAGUUUACUUUCUCUACGCAGACAUCAGGUCAGCGAGUCAGGCAGAAGUGUUUGCGGUCGCCUGUAGUUGUUUUUCAGGAUGGCAGUGGAGUCAAUAUCACCCGACUGGGAGUUUGACCGCUUUGAUGACGGAUCUCAGAAAAUUCACACAGAAGUGCAGCUGAAAAACUAUAACAAGUUCUUGGAGGACUACACAUCUCAGCUGAAAGCUAUAGAGGAAGCCCUGGACGACUCCAUCGGAGAUGUUUGGGAUUUCACUUUAGAUCCGAUUGCAUUGAAGCUUCUCCCUCAUGAACAAUCUUCUCUUUUGGAGCUAAUUAAAACAGAAAAUAAGGUCCUUAAUAAAGUCAUUACAGUUUAUGCGGCCCUCUGCAGUGAAGUUAAGAAGCUGAAAUAUGAGGCUGAAGCAAAGUUCUACAAUGGCUUGCUGUACUAUGGUGAAGGAGUUUCAGACACCAGUGUGGUGGAGGGAGAGUGCCAGGUUCAAAUGGGACGCUUUAUAUCAUUUUUACAGGAACUGUCUUGCUUUGUGUCUCGAUGUUUUGAGGUAGUGGUUAACUUGGUUCAUCAGCUGGCUGCACUGUAUAACAGCAACAAAGCUGCCACAAAAAUUAUUGAGUCAACUGGGGUACAUUUUCAGACGGUAUAUGAGCAUCUAGGGGAACUCCUAGUGGUUCUGAUCACUUUGGAUGAGAUCAUGGAGAAUCAUGGCACUUUAAGAGAUCACUGGAAGAUGUACAAAAGAUUACUCAAAUCUGUCCAUCACAACCCAUCUAAAUUUGCUAUUCCUGAAGAGAAGCUAAAGCCUUUCGAGAAGCUUUUAUUAAAGCUGGAGGGCCAGCUCCUGGACAGCAUGAUCUUUCAGGCUUGUGUAGACCAGAGAUUCGAUAAUCCUGGCGAAGGAGUUUCAGUCUCGAAAAACAGUGCCUUCGCUGAGGAGUUUGCUCACAACAUUCGCACCAUUUUCACCAAUGUGGAGUCAAAACUUGGGGAGCCUGCAGAGAUUGACCAAAGGGAUAAGUAUGCUGGGGUUUGUGGCCUCUUCGCCUUGCAUUUCCACAUUUUUCGUACGGUCGACAAGAGGCUCUACAAAGCUCUCUUGGAUGUGUGUAAAAAGGUCCCUGCAGUUACCCUGACUGCCAACAUAAUCUGGUUUCCUGAUACGUUUUUGAUCAACAAAAUCCCAGCAGCAGCCAAACUGAUGGAUAAGAAAAGUCUCCAGGCCAUCCGUCUAAGCAGAGAUACAUUCUUACAACAAAAGGCCCAGACUCUAACAAAGGAUGUGCAGUCGUACUAUGUUUUUGUAACCUCCUGGUUGAUGAAGAUGGAAGCCAUCUUAUCUAAAGACCAGAAAAGUGAUAAACUCUCAGAAGAUCUGAGCAACAGGUGCAAUGUAUUUGUACAGGGAAUCCUGUAUGCAUACAGCAUCAGCACCAUCAUAAAAACCACUAUGAACCUCUACAUGUCUGUGCAGCGACCCAUGACUAAGACCUCUGUGAAGGCCCUGUGUCGUUUAGUAGAACUACUGAAAGCAGUAGAGCACACAUUCCACCGGCGAUCCCUUGUGGUGGCAGACUCUGUGUCCCAUAUCACUCAACAGCUGCAGUCACAAGCACUGGCCGCUAUUUCUACAGCUAAGAAAAGAGUGAUCUCUGAUAAGAAGUACAGUGAGCAGAGGCUGGAUGUGCUGUCAGCUCUGGUGCUUGCUGAGAACACGCUGAAUGGCCCGAGCACCAGGGAGAGACGUCUGGUAGUGUCUCUAGCGCUCAGUGUGGGCACUCAGAUGAAAACAUUCAAAGACGAGGAGCUUCUACCGUUACAACUUGUCCUAAAGAAACUGGACCUCAUUAGUGAAUUAAGAGAAAGGGUUAAAGUGCAGUGUGAUUGCAGCUUUCUCUACUGGCACCGUGCAGUGUUUCCCAUUUACCUGGAUGAUGUUUAUGAUAAUGCUGUGGAUGCAGCCAGAAUACAUUAUAUGUUCAGUGCUCUCCGAGACUGUGUGCCAACCAUGCUAUAUGCCAAACACAUGGAGUCCUGUGAGCAGCUCCUGGAGUGCUAUGACAACGAGAUCAUGGAGGUCUUCCAUGAGCAUUUGCUAGACAAGCUGUGUAAGGAGAUAGAGAAAGACCUCCGGCUUUCUGUGCACACACAUCUCAAGCUGGAUGACCGUAACCCUUUCAAAGUAGGCAUGAAAGACCUGGCUCACUUCUUUUCCCUCAAGCCUAUCCGCUUCUUCAAUCGCUUCCUGGACAUCAAAGCCUACGUCACACACUACCUAGACAAAACCUUUUACAACCUGACAACAGUAGCCCUACAUGACUGGGCCACGUACAGUGAGAUGAGGAACCUGGCCACACAGCGCUAUGGCCUGGUCAUGACCGAGGCUCACCUCCCCAGCCAGACUCUGGAACAGGGGCUGGACGUAUUGGAGAUUAUGAGGAACAUCCAUGUUUUUGUCUCACGUUAUCUCUACAAUCUGAACAAUCAGAUUUUUAUUGAGAAGACCAGCAACAACAAGCACUUGAACACUAUCAAUAUUCGGCACAUUGCUAACUCCAUACGCACCCAUGGGACCGGCAUCAUGAACACAACUGUCAAUUUUACAUACCAGUUCCUCCGAAAGAAGUUCUACAUUUUCAGUCAGUUCAUGUACGAUGAGCACAUCAAGUCCAGGCUUAUCAAAGACAUCCGGUUCUUCAGAGAAACUAAAGACCAGUCAGAUCAGAAGUAUCCCUUCGAGAGGGCAGAAAAGUUCAACCGUGGUAUUAGGAAACUGGGCAUCACUCCAGAUGGCCAGAGCUACCUGGACCAGUUCAGACAACUCAUCAGCCAGAUUGGUAACGCAAUGGGCUAUGUACGGAUGAUCCGCUCUGGAGGUCUUCACUGCUGCAGCAGCGCCAUUAGGUUUGUUCCUGAUCUUGAGGAUAUUGUAAACUUUGAGGAGUUGGUGAAGGAGGAGGGUCUCACUGAGGAGACUCAGAAAGCAGCCAGCGUUCUAGACUCUGUACUCAGUGACCUGACCAGUAACUCGGCUGAGGGAACCGAGUAUUUCAAAAUGCUUGUAGGAGUUUUUGCCCCAGAGUUUCGCAGUGUGAAAAAUAUGCACUUGAGGAACUUCUACAUGAUCGUGCCUCCUUUGACAGUGAACUUUGUAGAACACUCCAUCGGCUGCAAGGAGAAGCUGAACAAAAAGAACAAAAAUGGUGCAGCCUUUACAGAUGAUGGCUUUGCCAUGGGUGUGGCCUACAUCUUGAAGCUGCUGGACCAAUAUCAGGAGUUUGACUCGUUGCAUUGGUUCCAGGCAGUUCGAGAGAAAUACAUGAAGGAAAUGAAAGCGGUGGUGAAAGAACAGAACAUUCAGGCCACCAACCAAGAUGAGAAACUCAUGCAGACUAUGAACUUAACUCAGAAGAGAUUAGACAUCUACCUGCAGGAGUUCGAGCUACUUUACUUCUCUCUGAGCAGUGCGAGGAUAUUCUUCAGGGCCGAUAAGACUGCAGCAGAGGAAACCCAGGAGAAGAAGGACAGGGAGGAUGUUGGUAAAGCUGAAGGUGCUUCGUCUGAGGCUGCUGCCACGCCCGAGCCGGCUGCCAAGUGAAACCUCCCACUUCAAGUCUUUUUCAUAUUAAGGAGUGGCAACAAACCUGCUUUGGCUUCCGAAAAGCCUAUAGAGUGCCAUGUUUUGGAUUGUAACUCAGUAUUAAGCGGGAAGAUUAAAGCUAAACUAUGAAUUGGGAACUUAGUGUGAACAUUGUGGAAUAUUUAUUCCUUCUAAUGCACUUAGGACUGAAACUGACUGUGAUCUGCUUGUACAGAAACAUGCUCAUGUCACCUUUUAUUUUCCGCAUUACUGUACACGUCAUGUCAGGAGAGCACGUUUGGCAGCUGUAACUUUUAAGAAAUAUUUUAAUACGACGCCUGUUUUGAUAUACUGAAGCAGAGUUUGAUUUUUAAUUACAAAUCAUCUUCAUUACAUAUCCCUUUGCUAAUUGGAUUAGAAAAAUGUCUUUUCCUGGAUUUUCCAUGAUGAUGGAAGUGAAGGUGGUGUUUUAUAUAACAGGUUCUACGUUGAAGUAGGAGUUCCCAGUGCUUUGUAAUGUAAGAGUAGAAUAAUAGAUCGCUUGUCUAGCUAGGAUUACAUUUUCAGCCCUAGGAGUAUAACUCUGUUUCUUUGGUACAGCGUGCUAAAGCGAAGUUUAUGUUAUGAAGAUGAAUGAGAAGGUACUAUGGAAGGAGAAAUAAGUGUUGUGUUGAGCAAUGUGAAAAGGUGGCUUUGUCUAGAAAUGAAAUUGGUCACAUGUACACUAUGUUGCCAAAAGUUGUGGGACAACUGCUUUUACAUGCACAUGAAUUUAAUAUGGAGUUGACCCACCCUUCACAGCUAUAACAGCUUCAACUCUUCUGGGAAGGCUUUCCACAAGGUUUAGGAGUGUGUUUAUGACCAUUACUCUAGAAGCUCAUCUGUGAGGUCAGGCACUGAUCUUGGAUGAGAAGGUCUGGCUCACAGUCUCCGCUCUAAUUCAUCCCAAAGGUGUUCUAUGGGGUUGAGGUCAGGACUCUGUGCAGGCCAGUCAAGUUCCUACACGCCAAACUCACUCAUCCAUGUCUUUAUGGACUUUGCUUUGUGCACUGGUGUGCAGUCAUGUUGGAACAGGAAGGGGUCAUCCCCAAACUGUUCCCACAAAGUUGGGAGCAUGAAAUUGUCCAAAAUGUCUUGAAGCAUUAAGAGUUCCUUUCACGGGCUGAGCCCAACCCCUGAAUUCAUUGAUUUGGAGGGGUGUCCCAGAACUUUUGGCAAUAUAGUGUACACAUCCCAUCAUCGGGACAUAAUCACAAGAAUUUAAUUCCAUAGGAAGCUUUUGGGACCAUGUGGAUCAGGUGAAACACCAACAUGGGCAAAUUCAAAUUAAUAGCGAACCCUUUCAUGAGACUGGUGUGAGGUCUUUGUGACGAGACAGAAAUGACAAGUGAUUGAUUUGUUUUGUUCAGAAAGCUUAACAAACUCCAUUGAACUGUAGCAACUAACAGUCAUAACCUUGAGUACCUGAUAUCCAUGCUGCCAGAUCUGUAUAGAAAUGUGUGCAAAAACAAGCUUCGGCUUGUUUGUGCGUCAGAUCUUAUGUUAACGCUUUAAUGCACUGUAUUCAGACCAGAAAGCACAUCAAUACUUAAUAGUAAAAUUUUGAAAACAUUCCAAUUGAAUGUUGAUUUUUUUUCUUUUAUUAUUAUUUUUUGAACCCUUGUCAUUAAAAAAAAAACAAUAAUAAUAACAAUUGUGGAAAACUAACUGAUAUUUGUAAUGCCAUAAUAAAAGAAAUAUUGUGGAA